AUGGCACCGAUUCGCAGGGGAGCGCCGCGCGCUGCGAAGAAAUUGGCGAUUCAUGCGAGGCUUGGGACUGACGAUGAGCAGAGGAAAGUCAAGGUCAUUACGGACCAACACGUCAUCGACAAGCCUUCGCCCGUGGAGGAGUUUCCGAUGCGGCAAUGGAGCUUGCGGCUCGUUCUGCUAGAUGAGGAUGGCAAUGAGCGGCCUGCCGACGUCUUCACCAAGGUUGUCUACAACCUGCAUCCUACAUUCGAGAAUCCCACCCAGACCUUCACCAAGCCCCCCUUCAUCUGCUCCAACGAGGGUUGGGGUGAGUUUGAGAUUGGCAUCGAUCUCUACACCACGGAAAAGACCAAGCUGGCUCCUAUCAUCCACGACCUCAACUUCCAGCAGGAAAAGUAUGAGGUGACGCACACGGUUGUUUUCAAGAACCCAUCCCAGGCACUCCAAGAGCGACUUCGCGAAACCGGCCCUCUGCCUUCUGACGAAGAGAGACCCAAGAAGAAGGGCCUCGUGAGCAAGAAGGGAGCCCAAAAGUAUGAUUACGAAAAGAUCGCCGAGGCCCUGGAGAAGCUUGAGGAGGAGGAUCUUUUGCGCGUCAUCCAGUUGAUUAAUGAGAAUAAGGGACCGGAAACCUAUAUCAGGAGUGAUGUUGAAGGUGAGUCCCUCCCCCUUUGUCCCUCAAAAAAACAUCCAACAUGCGUGUAUCUUCUUUCCAAUUUUGAAUAUCUCUCUUUUUCUUCUUUGGACAAGUCCACACCACGUGUUGAUGCUUUUCUUUCGGAACUGUAG